AUGUCUACGAAAGCAGAGUGGCGGGCCGGCCCACAAGACUCGAGAAACACCUCCCCUCCCCCCCCACGCGAUACAACUACUACCACUACCACUACCACCAACACCACUACCCCCUUGCCGGCAGUCCCCCGAAGAAUCCAUAUCCUCGGCAGUGGGAAUGUGGGAAACCUCGUCGCCCACUCACUUCGCACACUACCGAAUCCCCCACCUGUAACGCUUCUCUUCCACAAGUUUUCCAAGCUGGAGGACUUUCAGAAUAGUGGUAGCAGGAUCGAAUUGCAUAGACCACUGAAGGAAGUUAGCAUAUCAUACGGCUACGAGGCCGAACUUACCUUGCCACCGAACGCCGUUGUCGCGGCGAACACACCUAUCGAAGCUCUCGUCGACCCGAAUACCGGAGCAACACCACCGCCCCCACCCCAGAGGAGAAUCGCAAACUUAAUUAUCACCACGAAGGCGCACCAGACAAUUGCUGCUCUACGACCGAUUAGUGAGAGGCUAACUAAGGACUCUACAGUAUUAAUACUGCAAAAUGGGAUGGGGGUUCUGGAGGAGAUCAAGGCAGAGAUCUUCCCGGACCCUGCCUCACGGCCGAACUUCGUACUCGGGAUAACCACGCACGGGAUAUACCCAGAAGGCCCAUUCGCCCUAAUGCAGAAAGGCAUGGGCACAAUAUCCCUAGGCUAUGCCCAGCGCGACCACCCGGAAACCCCGGACCCAGGGAAGGCGGGAAUCGUGAGAUCCUGGUUCACCUCCUCCCCCCCACCCCCCUCGGAGCACCCGGACAAGCCCCCACCACUGAAUACCCUACCGGCAUCCUCCGGAUACUUACUGUCCACCCUCCUCUCCGCAAAGCCCCUCGAAGCCGCCCACCUCUCCAUCGCUGAACUCCUCUCGGCGCAACUCGAGAAACUCGCUAUAAACGCCGUGAUAAACCCGCUCACCGUCCUCUUCAACUGCAAGAACGGCGAACUCCUGGAAAACUUCUACAUUGUGCAAAAUAUGCGUCUGAUCCUCUGGGAAGUUUCACAAGUCCUCUGCGCCCUCCCCGAACUCGCCGCCCUCCCCGGCCGCGACGUCCGGCUCUCCCCCGACCGUCUGUACGACCUCGUCAUUCGCGUCGCCAGACUCACCGCCGGGAAUUACUCCAGUAUGUUCCAGGAUGUGCGGAACGGCAAGCAGACUGAGAUCGACUACAUUAACGGGUACGUGCUUGACCGUGCUCGCGAUCUGGAGUUGGCGUGCACGGUUAACUAUAUGCUUGUUAAUAUGGUUAAGGGCAAGGGGAAGAUUGUACAGCAGAGGGUGGCGGCGCAGGUCCCGUUUGUUGGGUUGGAGGAUUGAUUAUGGAUAUUUAUAUUUUACACCGUUGUAUACAGUGGCUGUAUUUGGGGGGGGGGGAUCUUUUUGCUUGGUUCGGACAUGUACUCUGUCUGUUGUAAAUAUGUCUAUAUGUCGGUACGUAUGUAAGUAUGUGUGUAUUGAUCAAAAGUUGGGCGUUGGU